CUGACAGAUGAUUGUUUGUCGCAGUAAUAUUUAAUAAAAUAAAUAUAAAAUGCUACGCGUACAUUACUAUGUUUUAUGUUUGAAUUGUUAUGAAUAAGGCGGAGGUGACAUUAGUUUGUGCAUAUUGUUAUAUUUCGUGAAUAAGUCAUUGCAUACUAGUUAUUGUAAUCGAUGAUGUAAGAUCAUUGAAGGUCUCUGUGCGCGUUUCAUUGUUCAUUAGUUUUUUCGUGUAUUCGUCAUGGAAGGUAAUAAUUGUGGAAUCGGUAAUCAUGAGAAGGAAGAUAAUGAAAGUAGUUCCCAUUCUACACCCCAGGAACAUAAAUCUUUUGCCGAAUUUGCGAAAGAUAAAUUGGAUAGCGCUGGUAGAGAACUGCGCAGACGUUUACCAAUGGCAGGGCAACUGGGUGCUCAUUUGAUGCAUCCAAGACGGUUAUUGCUACACUCAACUCCGACGCAACAAACUGAUGUUGUGCUCAUUUUUCCUAAAGGUCUCCCAGACAGUAUGCUACUAUGGUUGCUGCAAAAGUUGCGCGGGAGUCGACCCCGAUUACGCGUUUGCGUUCGUCAACAUGCUUCCUCACAAUGCUCUGCUUUUUAUAUAACUGCUGAUGAUGAAGUACUUUUGCAAACAGCUGAAGAAGUCCAUUUGCCAAAGUUGCUGAAACCAGAAUUUGGUGGCGGAUAUAAGGAAUUCACUGUUCGGGAUAUGCAUUGUUUUCAAAAGGGUACAACAGCCGCAGAUUUGUUAAGCUCCCAAGAGCGCGGAGCGUUGGUGAAACACGUACUCGAAUCGGCGCGCGCCGAGCCCGGAGACGAGCACGCACUCGAACCGGCACUCACUCUGCGACCUGGACAAAGUAUCGUUCCAGCCUGCGUAAGUCGUGGUGUAGUUGCUGGAAUGUUCCCACUUCAUGAGCGCACUGCUCUAGAAAACCUUCGGAAAAAAUGGGUUAAGACAUUAUUCUCACCUCAGCCAUUGGAUGAAAUAAGCGAAUAUUUCGGUGUGAAGAUAGCAAUGUACUUCGCUUGGCUGGGACAUUACACUCAGUCGCUGACAGUUCCUGCUGUUGUUGGGUUUAUAUUUUGGGUUUGGUUGGGAACGGCAAAUGAUUACUGGAAAGAUAUAGCUUAUGUCUUAUUUUCACUGUUCAACGUUCUUUGGGCCUGCGUUUAUUUGGAGACUUGGAAAAGAUACUCAAAUGUCUUGGCAUAUAGAUGGGGGACUUUGGACCAAAGGGAUGAAUGGCUCGUCGAACCGCGACCUUUAUUUCAGGGCGAGAUGGGUACGAGCGAGGUGACGGGGCGGCCCGAGCCGCAGUACGCGGCGUGGCGCCGGCGCGUGUGGCGCCACGCCGUGUCGCUGCCGCUCAUGCUGCUGUGUCUCGCCGUCGCCGGCCUGGCCACCUUCGCGCUGCUCAGGACGCAGGAUUGGUGGGAAGAUACGAUAUUUUAUUUCAGUUGGAUACCACGCGCUUUUUUGGCGAUACUUAUUGCAGUUGAAGAAGAAGUUUAUGCACGAAUCGCGAAAUGGCUUAACGAUAAAGAAAACUAUCGACUCGAGACAAAGUAUGAAAAUCAUCUGAUUCUGAAAAUAGCAUUGUUUCAAUUUGUGAAUUCAUUCAUGAGUUUGUUCUACAUUGCGUUCUAUCUUCAGGAUAUGGAUAAAUUGAAAGAGCAACUAGCUGUACUGCUCAUAACGCGACAAAUAAUUGGAAACUUGAAAGAGUCCGCCUUACCGUAUCUCAUCGAGAAUCUCAGGCUGGCGAAGAUUUGUUUCGAUGUUUUCGGUGCUUUAAGUCCCAGCAAAAUACCGACGUCCGCUGAAUUGAAUGAGUUAUUCGAAAAGAGAACAUCGUCAUCUGGUGAACCGCCAGAAAUGUUGAUAAACGGCGGUACCGAGAAGGAAAAAAAUGACAGACGAGACUCGGAAACGCUCGUUGGACAGAAGAUUAUACACCAAGCGGAACUCGAGUCUCAGUUGUUUAAGUACGAGGGCACGUUCGCGGAGUACCUGGAGAUGCUGACGCAGCUGGGCCACGUGGUGCUGUUCUCGGCGGCCUUCCCGCUGGCGGCGCUGUGCGCGCUGCUCAACAACGCGUGCGAGGUGCGCGCCGACGCCUUCAAGCUGUGCCACGUGGCGCAGCGGCCCUUCGGCGAGCGCGUCAGCAGCAUCGGCAGCUGGCAGCACGCCAUGGAGGCGAUGGUGGCGGUGGCGGUGCUGGUGAACUGCGCGCUCAUCGGGCUGUCGGGCCCCGUGCACCGCCUGCUGCCCGACGUCACGCCCGCGCAGACCAUCCUCGUCAUAGUGGCGCUCGAGCAUGUAGUGUUAGUGAUAGUACUAUGUCUGCGGAUCGCCAUCCCGGAGAUCCCGGGCUGGUUGGCCACUGAAAUGGCUAAAACGGAGUUCCAAAGGAGGGAAGCUAUUAAAAACGCACAUGCACCACUAUUGUCGGACGGCACGAGCCAGGACGACGUGCGCGCGCCGAGCCGCGCCACGCCGCGCACGGCCACGCCCACCACGCCCAAGCAGAGCGACAAGCCCGCCGACAAGAAGCGCAUCAACAUCGGCAAGAUCCCCGAGAUCCCGCCGUUCAGACCUAAGGCAGCUUCUGUAACUGAGCCGGCGGUCACAACGGGGUCCUUACAAAUGCUACAGGAUGUUAGUCCGACGAAACCCAUACGGCGUAAGGAAGGUACGCCAGGCGCCCCGCUGUCUCUUCUCGGAGUACGCGGCUUGAGAGACGAACCUCUUCACAGAUCUGCUCACUGCAUUCCGCAUCCCACUCAGCAUAGACCUUUAGUCAAUCCAACGCUGCAGGAGCUUUCGGGAAGCGUCAGUGCAGGUGGGUCGGAGCCCGACUUAAAUGCGGUACCAUCGACGGCGCCAUCCAUGGACACUAGCGCUACUUCCAGCGAGGACGAUAAACCUAAGGAUAAGAGCAGCCGCUCCCGCGCGCGCGCGGCGCUGGUGAAGCGCGUGCGCUCCGUGGCCGUGUUCUCGCUGGGGCUGCGCAAGGCGCGCGAGGCGGCCGCCGCGGCCGACAAGCACUCGCCGCACACCCCCGAGCGCCCGCACACCACGCCCGGGCCCCCGGCUCCGAUGCUGGGAGGCGAGCUGUCGCUGAUACCGAUCGAGCAGCUCAUACAGGUGGAAGAUGUCAAGCCUCGCCCUUCGAUACAGGUGGAAGAAGUCCGGACUCGGCCGUCGACAUGAGUAUUUAACGAAUAUAAUUUUGAUGAGUCGUUCUGUUUUUGAUUUUGUUUAAAAUAGGUCUGUAAACGCACAACAGUUAUGCGUAAAUUCAUUGCAAAAAAUGUAUCGGUUACACCUUUAAUAUAAAUUGGGUUUAUGAUAUAAUUUUAACUGAUAAAUUCAAUUGUAAUCAUAGGGUUAUCUCGUAUCGUACUAAAAUUGCCAAAUGAAACCCCGGCAUUUGGGUCUAAAAAUAAUUUAAAUUCAAGUCUAACAAAAUAUCGGGACAUUGUUACUAUUAUUAAUAACAGUAAUUAUUUUAUCAAGAUUUAAAAACAGCAAUAUAAAGGUUGAAACAUUUUAAAACUCUAUAGGAGUAAAGAUAAACAAACCAUAGAUUUUUAUAUUCCAAGCGAUUUACCAUUUACCUCUGCUAUAUUAUGCACAACAAACCGUUCUGCAUUAAUAUAUCUUUCGAUACAAUACAACACAAUUCCAAUUCAAAGUUUACAUCAACUUUAAUUUUAUUUCCGAAAAAUCCGAUAACCAUUUCGCCGAUAUUCAGAACCGCCCCUUUUUCGUGACCUCGAUCAAUGCUAGCGUGUCGAUUCAGCGUCAAAGUUGUUUAUUUUGCUUUACUCCUAUUGUGAUUUAAUAUAUAAAAAAUUGUAAUUUCAGUAACAUUCUCGUAUAGUUCCUGUACCUUAAGCGAAGAUCGUUAACAAUAUUAAUAUGUAAACGUCCAAUCAGUGCAAAAAUAAGUAAUUCUGAUAUUUAUUCAAAGAUAUUGGGGCUCGUGUCAUAAGAAAGUGUGACGAUACAUUUAUAAACGAUUUGCCUUUUAAAAUACAAGUAUUGGGGAUAUUCAAGAUAAUACAUAAUACGUGUUUAUUUUAUGUGAUAACAAGUCUUUCGUCAGCUUUCAAAUAAAAUGUUAUGCAUUUAGUACAAAAUAUUUGUAUUGUUGAAAAAACCCUUUCGGAGUUUUCAUAUUGAAAUACGCAUGUUAUAUAUAAGAUGGGUAAUAUCGGUGAUUAACUUUACCGAACUAUGUCGAACAAAUGGACAAAAUAUGGUGUUGUGUAUCAAAUGAAAUUUUGGACAUUUUUAACAUUUUGUAAGAAUUUUUCGAUGUUGUUGAUAUCUUCGUUUCAAAUGCAAUUGUUGUAACGCAAUUUGUUUCUCGAAGCUUCCAAGUUCAAUAAGCAAUCGUCUGACAAUAAGUUGAAAAUUGUGUAUGUCCAUCGUUUGUCUUUAUCCGACCAGAGGAAAUAAUUGUUCAAGUAACUAUACUUUCUAACGUCGGUUAAAAUAAAGUUGUUAGUUUUUGUGUCUCGUGAGAUAUAAACGAACAACGAAUUGUUCUUUUGUUUUCAUUGUGGUUAUUUGAAGAUGAAAUUACGUUUUCUUAAAUGACUCCAGGUUGCAAGGAAGUAAAUAUCAUUAUAAUAGGUAAAUAAGUUAUCGUGAAUGGUACAGUAUUAUUUCUCAAGAUAAUAAUAUUAAAAAUUUGGUCAUUUUGACCAUAGAUUUUCUUCGAGAGUUAUAUUUUGUCUGGUCGGAAGUUUUUCUUAUCUAUCUGUGUAAUACCGCUAGAUUCACUUCACUCGUGUCGUUGUCUGUAGGAUAGUUAUAAAAUAAGAAAAAGUCUGUUAAAAGUUUCUAGAAAAGUACCUAACGAAUUUGAUCUUAGUUUUAUUUCAGUUUUUAGGCUUUAUUAUGAACUUUUGGGAAGUUUACAUUUUAGUUUAAUUUGUUUAAAUUGAUUUUUUAAAUUUGGCUGUUUUUUUUUAACGAUUAUAAUAUUUUGACUACGACCUUAUUAUUUAUCAUUUUGGUUUAAAAGUUUCGUUUAUGAUUGCUCAACAAAAAUUAUACAAACACUGUCAAUUAAUACGAGAGGAGUUUCCCCGAGUUAUUUUUCGAAGUCAAAUACAAACUUUUUAAAAUCUAGAAUUCUCUAUAGUUUCAAUAUAUUUAGUUGUCAAUCGAUGUUGAUUAGCAAUACAUUACAAAAGUAUUGUAACUUUAAUUGUUUAGGUUUAGUUUAGAAUUGUUAUUAAUAUAUUUAACACUAACAUUAAAAAAAUAAAACUGCAGUAUCUACUUCUUGCAUAAAUAUUCUUGUAUUGCUAUGAAGAAGAGCUAUUUAUUAUUGUUCAUUAAAAAUAUUCAUUUUCUUCUGUUUAUUAUCAAAUGUAUCACAGACUAUUAACAGCUUUUUUAUUAUCAAAAUUAUUUAUCUGUAUGAAGUUAUGACAGAUGGAUUGUGUUUUCUCCAUUUUCCGAUGGAAAUAGUUUUUUUUUAUCAUUAAAAUACAAAUAUUUUUAGUACAGUCCGGUCAAACUUUACAUUUCAUAUAGCAAUACUUUAUUCCAUGCAACAGUAGACAUUGCAGCGAUAUUAUAGAAACUAAUAUUGAGAGAAAUAGUAUAGUACUUGGUUUGUGGUCGAUUAGUUUCAGCUUACAUGCCUUAUAGUUAUUUUAGCAUUAGAAAAGUAUUAAAUUGAAAUAUCUAAAAAAUAUAUUUAAUUCGCUAUAAGAAAAAUCAUAUAUAUAUAUAAUAUUUGCGUCCAUCUUCAGUUUUAAAUAUAAUGUGCUCGUGUAAACUGCCCUUAAAAUUAGUAUCCGGAAAAAUCGUCAACAAUUCCUAUUUUUCUUGUUUAUGUGAGCACUGAAAGUAUUUAUUAGCGUGUUUGGAAUUCUAUUGAAAACCCUAUUUUUUUGUAAUGUGUAAGAUCGAGUAAUAGUUUUGUAUUAUUUGAAUAGUAAAAAAAAACUUAUGUUUAAAAUAGUACACUAAGUAUUACUCGAUCCGUAUAACGGUGAUGUAAAAUGCUUUAUUAUUAGCAUUGCGAAGUAGCUAAUUAAAUAUUUGUUGUUAUGUAAUUAUUUUUUAUACGAAAUAUUGAUAAACGUUGCAUUU